ACACACACACACACACACAGAGGAGCUGGAGGAUCUUGUUUCCACUCGGGUGAUUUUUUGCAUCGCAUCAGAGAAGAACAACGAGGCAGGAGAGACAGAGAACCAGAUUAAUAACCAGAAUCCUCAUUAGAUAAAAACCAGAUCAAUAAUCAGAUCAAUCAGUAGAUGAAUCAGUAGAUUGUCAGAAAGAAUCAGUUGAUGUUUGUUGUUUGAGAUCAAACAUGGAGUCUGAAGAAAAUCUGCUCAGUGUUUCUCUGCUGCUGCUGCUCAUCGGAUCACAAGUCGCCGUGGUGGGUCCUUCAACCCCUGCGGACGGCUGGCAGGUUUACAGCUCGGCUCAGGACUCGGAGGGUCGAUGUGUUUGUACGGUGGUCGCACCGCAAGCAACCGUUUGUUCCAGAGACGCUCGAAGUAAACAGCUGCGACAUCUGCUCGAAAAGGUUCAGAACAUGAGCCAGUCCAUCGAGGUUCUGGACCAGCGGACUCAGAGAGAUGUGCAGUUUGUGGAGAAAAUGGAAAUUCAGCUGAAAGGUUUGGAAAACAAGUUCAAACAGGUGGAGAACGGACACGAGACCAAUAUCGCCCGACAGUUCAAGUCCAUCAAGACAAAGAUGGAGGAGUUGCGUCCUCUGAUCCCGGUCCUGGAGUCGUACAAAGCGGAUGCUCUGCUGGUCCGACAGUUUAAGGAGGAGGUAGUGAACAUGACGGAACUGUUGGGGGAGCUGCAGGAACAAAUGGGCGGACCCGACUACCAGGAGCUUCACGGUCGAGUGACGGAUCUGGAGGAGCGUUUGAGGGCCUGCAUGCAGAGGCUGGCCUGUGGGAAGCUGACAGGAAUCUCUGAGCCAAUCACCAUCAAGACGUCAGGAUCCAGGUUUGGAUCAUGGAUGACCGACCCGUUGGCUCCGGCUGGAGACGACAGAGUGUGGUACAUGGAUGGUUACCAUAACAACCGCUUUGUUAGGGAGUACCAGUCGAUGUACGACUUCAUGACGACAGAUAACUUCACCUCUCACCGUCUGCCUCAUCCCUGGUCCGGUACCGGUCAGGUGGUUUAUAAUGGAUCCAUUUACUUCAACAAGUUCCAGAGUCACACCAUCAUCAAGUUCGACUUCAGCACGUCGGUCAUCAGCCGUUCCCGACAGCUCGACUUCGCUGGCUACAACAACAUGUACCAUUAUUCCUGGGGGGGUCACUCUGAUAUUGACCUCAUGGUGGAUGAGGGCGGGCUUUGGGCCGUCUACGCCACUAAUCAGAAUGCUGGAAAUAUUGUCCUUAGCCAGUUAAACCCAAACACUCUGCAGAUCAUCCGCAGCUGGACCACCAACCACCCGAAACGCAGCGCCGGAGAGGCGUUCAUGAUCUGUGGAACCAUGUAUGUUACCAACGGGUACUCAGGUGGAACCAAAGUGUACUACGCAUACUCUACUAACUCGUCUACGUACGAGUACAUCGACAUUCCCCUGACGAAUAAAUACAGCCACCUGUCCAUGCUCGACUACAACCCCCGAGACCGAGCGCUGUACGCCUGGAACAACGGCCACCAAGUUCUGUACAACGUGACACUGUAUCACAUCAUUCAGUGAAAUGUUAUCAUCAAAUAUCAAACCAGUCCAAUGUUACCUGCUGUAACAUUAGACAUGAGUCAUUUCAGUUUAUCACCAAGAUAAUUCUCAGAUAUAAUCAGGUUCAGGUCGAUGAUCUCAUCUCACAAAAGACGAGACGCUGGCGUCGCACCAUCAAACUAAAAUCCACCAUCUGUGUGAUGGAUUAUUUUUAAUGCUAUAAAAUGACGCUCGUUUUUACACGUUUAAUACACGUACAACAUGUGAAAUGUGACAUGUGAGCACAUAGAAGUCUGACAGUCUUGAAGUGUUGGAUGGUGGAUUUCUCUUCUGGUGGAUUUAACGUAUUGAAACUGAGCCUGUUGGACUGUUGACUUAGAGCUUUGAUGUCUUUUUUAAAUUAAUAUAAUCUUUGAUGAACUGUUGUUUUUAGGAUAAUGAAUCAAGUUUUUGACACAAAUGCACUUAAAACAUAAAAUCACAAAAAAAUAGCUUUCACAGCUAAUUAUAAAAUGUUUGAAACUAUUUGAUGGAUUUUGUCUGUAUGGGACAUUUUCCAUGAACUAUGAACCACAGUUUGUCUGAAUAGGAAUAUUGUGUUCACUGUUGUGUAUUAUACAGCAAUACAAAGUCUAAGGGAUUAUUUCAUCACUGUCUGUUUCUCCAUGAAAUCGAUCAGAUUGAUGUUUCUGCCCAUCGUCUGAUCUGCGAUCGGCUCAGAUGUUGCAGACGAUGUUUCACACUAGUCAUCAUUUCUACAUCAGAUUCAUUUAAAUGUAUUUAUUCACAAAUCAGGGCCUGAAAACGACAACAAGAAAACUUUAUACACAAAACAAACUUCCUGUCCCAGACUGUUACACCAGUCCAUCGUGUCAGUAACAUACAGGUGGGUCAGUCAUGUAAUUUUCACCUCAACCAUUUAAACAAGGCAAAAUGAUCACCAUUGGAUGUAAAGAUGCAACCUAUCAUCUAAUAGCAUGAAAUAAAUUAUAGAGCUUUAUGUUUUUUAUCAUUUUUUAGAUAAUAGUUUGCAUUAUAUUUUGUGUGGAGUCACUGUCGUGAACACAACAUCACUGAAGUCAGCACAGUGACACACACUCACACACACCACCUGCAUCCAUCAACUGUGAUACUGAGAGAACAGCUUUUAUAAAUAGUGUGUAUUACAGACGUAAUCUAUGUUUUAGAGAUGUACUUUGGUUUGCUGCCCCCUGCUGGUGCCUCACAUCCAUGUCUGGUGGUAUUAUGUUUUCUGCCUCCACUCUACACAGGAAAAACAUGUUCUUCAACAUUAACGAUGAAUGAGUGUGUGUUGUCACAUUGUCCUCCCACAGUCUCAACACAUGCAGGUGUACUACACACUUGAAGUUGUGAAUGUGAGUUUGUGUCUGUAUGGUGCCCUGUGAUUGGCUGAUGACCUGUCCAGGGUAAACUCCACCUUUUGCCUGUUGUCAGCUGUGAUUGGCUCCAGUUCAACUCCCCCUGAAAGAGAAGGUGUUAAUGAAUCAGGAUCACCACUGUGCAACCGUUGUAGAUGAUUGUGAUAUAUAGGUGGAAUUGUUUAAUAAAACUAUGUACAUUUUUAUGAAUUUA